CAGAAUGAGGACGCACAGGAGAACACUCCUGAAGAUGUUUCCUCGAUCAGGGAAAUCCAUUGUGUUCGACAAUUUUCCAGACCCCACAGACACAUGGGAAAUCAUCGAGACCAUCGGAAAAGGCACCUAUGGAAAAGUCUACAAAGUGCUCAACAAAAAGGACGGAAGCAAAGCAGCUGUCAAAAUACUGGACCCCAUCCAUGAUAUUGAUGAGGAAAUCGAAGCAGAAUACAACAUCCUCAAAGCCCUCUCAGACCACUCCAACGUUGUCAAAUUUUUUGGCAUGUACUACAAGAAGGAUGUGAAAUGCGGGGACCAGCUAUGGCUCGUGUUGGAGCUUUGCAAUGGUGGCUCUGUGACAGAUCUGGCCAAAGGCAUGCUAAAGAGAGGAGACACAAUGGAUGAAGCAAUUAUUGCGUACAUCUUGCACGAAGCACUCAUGGGCCUGCAACACUUGCACAUCAAUAAAACCAUCCACCGAGAUAUCAAAGGCAACAACAUCCUGCUGACCACACAGGGAGGCAUUAAACUGGUGGACUUUGGGGUCUCAGCACAGCUGACCAACACUCGUCUGAGGAGGAACACCUCUGUGGGGACUCCCUUCUGGAUGGCACCAGAGGUAAUAGCGUGUGAGCAGCAGUUGGACUCGACCUACGAUGCCAGGUGUGAUGUGUGGUCUUUGGGCAUCACAGCCAUAGAGCUGGGAGAUGGAGACCCACCUCUGUCUGACCUGCACCCUAUGAGAGCCCUGUUUAAAAUACCCAGAAACCCGCCGCCCACUCUGCGCCAGCCUGAGCUGUGGUCAGACGACUUUAAUGACUUCAUCUGCAAGUGUCUUAUUAAAGACUUUGAGCUGAGACCCAAUGUUGUUGACCUGCUGCAGCACCCCUUUAUCAAACAGGUCCAAAACAAAGAGAAACUUCUACAGAAACAACUCAUCGAACUCAUAGACCUCAACCAGCAAAUAGGAACUGUUGAAAAAACACGCCAUCACGGAAACACAGACAGAGGCGGUAAUGACAGGCAUGAACGCAUCCACACCAAAAAGAUCAACCACAUGAAGAACCAGAGCGACCCAGACGAGUUGGAGGACCUCGCCACUCUCGAAAUAUUAGAUGAGAACACUGUCACAGACCACCUCCAAAACCGCUAUGAGAGGGACGAGAUCUACACCUAUGUGGGGGACAUUCUCAUCGCAGUCAAUCCAUUUCACCCAAUGGACAUUUACACUCCCGAGCAUUCUAAGAUGUACAUAGGAGCAAAGCGCAAAGCCAACCCACCGCAUAUAUUUGCUGUGGCAGACAUCGCCUAUCACUCCAUGGUGACGUUGAAUACAGAUCAGUGUGUCGUAAUAAGUGGAGAGAGCGGAGCAGGGAAAACAGAAAGUGCCCAUCUCCUUGUGCAGCAGCUCACGUUUCUUGGAAAGGUGAAUAACAGGACGCUGCAAGAGAAGAUUCUACUAGUCAACAAUCUGGUAGAAGCAUUCGGGAAUGCAUGCACCAUCAUCAAUGACAACUCCAGCCGCUUUGGCAAAUACUUAGAGAUGAAGUUCACCACUGCAGGGACCGUGGUGGGGGCUCAGAUGUCUGAAUACCUGCUGGAGAAGUCCCGAGUCAUCCACCAAGCCACUGGUGAGAGAAACUUUCACAUCUUCUACUACAUCUACGCCGGCCUGGCUGACAGAAAGAAACUCGCCCACUACAAGCUCUCUGACAGCAAAACACCUAAAUACCUGUUUAAUGAGCACAUUAAAUUAGGGCCUGACAUCGUGAGUAACACCUCGUACAAGGAGCAGUUCGAUGCAGUGGAGCAGUGUUUCAAAGUCAUUGGAUUCACCCUCGAGGAGCUGGGCAGUGUUUACAGCAUCCUGGCUGCCAUCCUCAACUCCGGGGAUAUCGAGUUUUCCGCCGUGGCCUCGGAGCACCAGACAGACAAAAGCGAAAUUUCCAACAUCUCUGUGCUGGAGAACGUUGCCUCUCUGCUCUGUAUCCGUUCUGACGAGCUCCAGGAGGCCCUCACCACUCACUGCGUGGUGGCCCGGGGUGAGACCAUCGUCAGGAACAACACAGUGGAGAAGGCCACGGUGGUGAGGGACGCCAUGAGUAAAGCCCUUUAUGGACGCCUCUUUAGCUGGAUCGUCAACCGCAUCAACUCUCUACUGCGGCCUGACAGCCAGCAAGGGGAGGAUGACAAGAGCAUAAACAUCGGCAUUUUGGACAUCUUUGGUUUUGAGAACUUUAAGAAAAACUCCUUCGAACAGCUGUGCAUCAACAUCGCCAAUGAACAGAUCCAGUUCUACUUCAACCAGCACAUCUUUGCAUGGGAGCAGGAGGAGUACCUAAAUGAGGAGGUGGAUGCGCGCAUGAUCGAGUACGAGGACAACAGGCCUCUGCUGGAUCUGUUCCUGCAGAAGCCUGUGGGCAUGCUCUCUCUGCUUGACGAGGAGAGCCGCUUCCCACAGGCCACUGACCAGACGCUUGUAGAGAAAUUUGAAUGUAACCUGAAGGCCAAAAGUUUCUGGCGCCCAAUGAGAGUCGACCUAGGUUUUGGUAUCACGCACUAUGCAGGAAAGGUCAUUUACAACGCAGCUGGCUUUUUGGCAAAGAACAGAGACACCCUGCCAGCCGACAUCAUCCUGUUACUGAGGUCCUCGGAGAAUGCGCUUAUCUGCAAACUCGUCACUCAUCCACUCACCAUAACAGGUAACCUUGCCCACACCAAGGGCAAAGGCAUAAACACACUGCGCAGCCCUCGAGCCACGACACGCACCACCAACCUCUCCAAGAUGGGAGUGCUUUCUUUGUACAGGUCUUGUUCUUUCAUCCAGUCUCCUUCUCUGGAAUUCAGCCCUGACAAAAAAAGCUUUCUCGAUGUGCCAUGUGAUGACAUAAUGCACAUGCAAACGGUGACUUCUGACCGAGACACACCUUACCACCCACGAGAAACCACCAACAUGAGAACGCAAACUGUGGCCUCCUACUUCAGAUACUCUCUGAUGGACCUGCUGUCUAAGAUGGUGGCAGGACAACCCCAUUUUGUGCGCUGCAUCAAACCAAACAAUGACCGCCAGGCCAGUAACUUUGACCGGGAGAAAGUGCUCCUCCAGCUGCGGUACACGGGGGUUCUGGAGACAGCCAAGAUCAGGCGUCAAGGCUACUCCCAUCGCAUACUGUUUGCCAAUUUUGUCAAGAGGUAUUUUAUUUUGGCUUUCAAUGCAAACGAGGAGCCACCUGCAACGCCAGAAACAUGUUCUGCAAUUUUGGAGAAAGCCAACCUGGAGAACUGGGCCAUGGGAAAGACAAAGGUGUUCCUUAAGUAUUACCAUGUAGAGCAGCUGAACCUGAUGGUGCAGCAUACCACACAGCGCAUCGUCCUGCUCCAGGCUUGUGUGCGUGGCUGGUUAAUUGCCAAACGUUACCGCCGCAUGUUAAAGGAGCGGGAACAAAGUGCUCUGGUUAUUCAGUCAGCUUACAGAGGUCAUCAAGCCCGAAAGAAAGUGGCAGACGAUAAAAGCAAAGCCAAGUUGGAAGCAUUCAUCAUGCAGUUUCAGGCCGUUUGUCGGGGUUAUCUCGCCAGAAGGAAAUACAAAGAGCUGGUGGAUGAGAAGAACAAAGCUGCCACAAAGAUUCAGGCUCGAUACAGAGGGCACAAGGAGAGGAAGAGCUUCCAGAGAAAACGGGAGGCCAUUGAGAAAGAAAAAGCUGAGAAGGCCUCUCAAGAAGAACAAAGCACAGAAUCUGAGAAGGUUUCAGGUGAGGAACCAACAUCAGAGGAGAAAAGCCCAGACCAGGUGUCCAAUGGUGAGGACGAAGCCAAGGCCGCUGUGGUGCUCCAGAGCAACUACAGAGGCUACAAAGAGAGGAAGAAGUUUAAAGAGAGGAAGAAGACCAUGGCUGGAGCUGAACUCGAAAUACCAACUGAGACCACAGAGGAGGGGGGCAGUGGAGAGGCAGAAACAGCGUCUGAAAAGGCACAGGAAGAGCUCACAGAAACAGAAGGUGACUCAGUUAUCGAGAACACCCCAGGAGAUGAAGAAACAAACCAAGAUAGCAAUUUGGAAGAUGAGACCAAGGCUGCUACUGUCCUUCAGAGCAAUUUCAGGGGACACAAAGAGAGGAAGAGGCUACAAGAAGAGGGCAAGAUCCCAGCCAAGAAAGAUAAAAAUGCAGAACCAACAGAAGAAGUUAAUAAUGAAGAGGUUGAGAAAGACGAAAUGCAUGCUAAUGAAGAGUCAAACAAGGAAGCAGAGACGGAAGAGCUAAAACAAGAAGAUGGAGAACCAGUGGACGGUCAGAAUGGACUGGACGAAGAAAAGGCUGCUACGGUUCUUCAAAGCAACUUCAGAGGCCAUCAAGAGAGGAAGAAGCUAAGAGAAGAAAGAGAGAAGAAGGCACAGGAGGAGAACGGAGAGGAGAGUAAAGAGGAGCAAGGAGGAGAGGUAGAUGUUUCAGAUGUGGUGAUUGAACGCAAAGACGAAGGUGACGCCGAGAAGGAGAGGCAAGAAGAGGAGGAGGCCGCAGUCAAGAUCCAGAGCAACUUCAGAGGGUACAAAGAAAGAAAGAACCUCAAAGCCAACAAGCAAAGUGCCCAAAAUGAUGCAGAGCAACUGGAGGACUUUUCUAAAGAGAUCGCACAGGCAGCUCAGGACUUUGCCAGCCGGCAGCAAAAACUGAACGAGAAGCGCCAGGCCCAUCAAUCAAAGCCCGAGAACAAUGUGAAGGAAAACAUGGUGAACGGCCACGCUCCUCCGAAUGCCCAACCAGCGGAGAAGAGGAGCUCAAGGACCCCCCGCAGGUCACAGCAGCCCAAGACCCUCAACUCUCCAGAGGACUCAACUUACUACAACCUCCUCCAUCGUUCAGUCCAUGACGAUAAACGCAGAUCGAGGAAAGGCGGGCCUGGAAAGUUGCUAGACAUUGAUGACCAGUACUACCCUGGCCUGUCUCCCACCUCCACACCUGAGAGAGGCCAGUCUGCAGAGAGGUCAGAGUCUGGGAGCAGGAGUGUGUCUCCAGAGAAGAGAGGGUCUGGGAGCAGGAGCGUGUCUCCAGAGAAGAGAGGGCAGAGGGAGAGAGCUCAGACCGAACAGCUGCCUAAGAGACGCAACUCAGAAAACAGGCGCUCUGUCCCGAGAAUGGCCUCCACCGAAAGUCACAAAGAGGACAAUCCAUACGACUUCAGACACCUGCUAAGGAAGACUUCACAGAGGCAGAGGCUCAUCAAGCAGUACUGACCACACCGGGGAA